AUGUCCAAUCUCAUUAAACUUACAAACGCUCGCCUCGCAAUCGGUGACAACCUUGUUCCUGGAGCCUUAUGGGUUGAUCCUGUUUUAGGGGUCUUCGUCUCCCCGCCAAACAACCCCGCUCCAUCGAUGUCAACUAUUGAUCUCCAGAACCGCAUCGUGGCACCAGGGUUCUUGGAUCUGCAGAUAAAUGGAGCCUAUGGUUUUGAUUUCUCAGAAGAUACCACCGCUUACAAUGCUGGCGAGUCUUAUGACGAGCGGCUUCGUGAAGUCCGGCGGAAGCUGAUCGCCACGGGGACGACGAGCUUCUUGCCUACAAUGACAAGUCAGCUUCCAGACCGAUAUCACCAGAACUUGCCGUUCCUUGGACCUUCGAGGUCUCGCGAUCCUUUCGACGGUACUGAAUCGCUCGGUGCGCAUUGUGAAGGCCCUUUUUUUGCCAAUAACCGCAUGGGUGUUCAUCUACCAGACGCCAUACUUGCGACUGGAUCUACCAGCGAGCCAGAGAAAGUUUUUGAGACGUACGGAGCCGUCAACCUUAUCAAGUUAGAAGGCAUUUCAUCCAAGAAACAAUGUGGCUCGAUUCCAUCACAUGUCCGAAUGAUCACCCUCGCCCCCGAAAGACCAGGUGCCCUGGAUACGAUCAGAAAGCUCAGCACCCAAGGAAUCACCAUGAGCAUUGGCCAUAUGGCAGCCAGCUACGCGCAAAGUCAAAGCGGGAUUGAUGCGGGAGCGACCAUGAUUACCCAUCUGUAUAAUCAGAUGAACGGACACCAUCACCGGGAACCUGGGCCAUUGGGCUUAUUAAGUGGAGUAUUAGAUAUCAACCCGAGGAACGAAACAAAGAUAUUGGAUGUGGACUGUACGACAGGGUCGAAUAGCCGCCCCUAUUUCGGAAUCAUUGCUGAUGGGAGUCACGUUCACCCGGCCAGUGUGCGGCUAGCACAUUCCAUGCAUCCGGACGGCCUUGUUCUUGUAACCGAUGCUUUGCUUCUUCUGGGAGGAGAAGACGGGACUAUUGAUUGGCUAACUCGGCGCCUCACAAAGAAGGGAGUAUCGGUGAAGCUCGAAGGCACAGACAUCAUUGCAGGAAGGUUAGUCGCUUUGCUGCUCUCUGGUUCUUGUUGCCUUAAUAAUUUCCGUCGAUGGACAGGUGUUUCUAUCCCUGUUGCUCUUCAAGCGAUCACUUCGCGCCCGGCUGCGGUUCUCGGGCUGGAGAGCGUUAAAGGAACAUUACAAGAGGGCGCCGAUGCUGACUUUGUGGUCUUGGAUGAGAAAAAUGUGUCGGGGCAGUCGACAACGGAGAUAGCAGUAGAUCAAGUAUGGAAAUUUGGGGUGAAGGUAAUUGACUCAAGCAGUGAUAAGACAGGUUGA